CGCCCCGGACCGACUUUGCCCAGGGAAGGAGAGUGCUGGGCCAGGAAGAGUUAAAACUUCCAGGAAAGCGCAGAAAGUAGCGACGUUAAUCUUUCCAUAAGGAAAAGGAAAUUUGCUUUCAGCGCACCAGCUUAAUACCUGAAUUCUUAGAAAUGGCAAAAAGUCUUUUGACGACAUCAUCCCUGUCAGCAAGGACAAAAUUGCUACAUCAAAUGGGAUUGUCAUUGUAUAGUACAUCCCAUGGCUUCCAUGAAGAAGAAGUGAAGGAAAAACUGAAACAGUUUCCUGGUGGAUCUGUUGACCUUCAGAAGGAAGACAAUGGCAUUGGCAUUCUUACUCUGAACAAUCCAAGUAAAAUGAAUGCAUUCUCAGGUGUUAUGAUGCUACAACUUCUGGAAAAAGUGAUUGAAUUAGAAAAUUGGGCAGAGGGAAAAGGCGUCAUUGUCCGAGGGGCGAAAAAUACUUUCUCUUCAGGAUCCGAUUUGAAUGCUGUGAAAGCACUAGGCACCUCAGAGGAUGGAGUGGCCUUAUGUAUGUUCAUGCAGAACACCUUAACAAGAUUUAUGAGACUGCCUUUGAUAAGCGUUGCACUGGUUCAAGGUCGGGCAUUGGGUGGAGGAGCAGAAUUUACUACAGCAUGUGAUUUCAGGUUAAUGACACCAGACAGUGAGAUCAGAUUUGUCCACAAGGAGAUGGGUAUAAUACCAAGCUGGGGUGGCACUAGCCGGCUCGUCGAAAUAAUUGGCAGUAGACAAGCUCUCAAAGUGUUAAGUGGUGCCUUCAAACUGGAUGCAAAAAAAGCUCUAAACAUAGGAAUGGUUGAGGAGGUCUUACAAUCUUCAGAUGAAACUAAAUCUCUAGAAGAAGCUCAAGAAUGGCUUAUGCAAUUUAUCAAAGGGCCACCAGAAGUAAUUAGAGCAUUGAAAAUAUCUGUUUGUUCAGGUAAAGAGCUAUAUUUAGAGGAGGCAUUACAGAAUGAAAGAGAUCUUUUAGGAACAGUUUGGGGUGGACCUGCAAAUUUAGAGGCUAUUGCCAAGAGAGAAAAAUUUAAUAAGUAGUUUUUAAAAAUGUGGACGUA